UUCUCCUUUUUCCUUCCCGCCCUCUGUUCUCUCACCCACCUAAAACAAAAGUGGAACAGGCCUAUAAUUUUAUAUAUUGAUGGAGGGCUGGCUCGGGUCUGUUGAGAAAAGAAAGUCUGGGUGGGAUGUUGGUGACUGUCAGUGAGAGAGAGAAUUUAAAAAUGUUGGGUGGAUUUUAAGUGGGGGCUCAACAGAAAAGGUGAGUAAAAUGGUUGGUGGGUGUUUUCUCUCUGUGAAUUCUAGCAAGCUAGAAAGGAAGAAGGUUUGCAAUGGAAGAAACCGGGGAGAGAGAGAGAGUCAGUAAAGGAAAAAUAAGGUGAACAGAAAUGGGGUAUCGAGGAGGUCCGGCAGAUCGGAGCUUGGAGGAGCUGCUGCUGCGUGAAGAAGCUGCUGAGUGAAGAAGUUGCUGCUGCUGCGUGGAGAAGCUCGGUUCGGAGCUGGAGGUGAAAAACUAGGAUUGGGUUAUUGGCAGAGAUAGGGCCAGCAUGAUUCUGUCAGCAAGACUGUGGCGGGUCUGAAUAUGCAGGUGAGUCGAGUGCCGGUGGUGGGCAACUCGACACAGGUGAUGGCCGAUUUGACUAGUUGAAGCAAGAUCAACCGUAGAGAUGAGGACGGCCGUUCUUGGACAAACGACGAAGUCGAUCUGAACACGGGAAAAAGAAGAAGACAAAGUCUGUUUUCGAAUCUUCGCUCUGAUACCAAGUCAAGUACGACAAGAUUGGAAGACUUAAUUGUCUGAUAUAUUAUACAUCUUACAACUCGGAAGGUUACAGAAAUAUAAUAUGUUACCACUCUCACACAUAAUGCAUGAGUCAUGAGUAUGUCUACCACUUAAUGAUCAGUGCUAACUACACUAUAUUAUGUCUAUUACUCACGACAGGAUGACCUUGAUAGAUGUUGUGGACUUAUCUAGUGAUGAUGAACUUGGAGAGGUGGAUGUGAAACCUGUUAAGCUGGAGCUAGAUGUUGUCGGAAGACAAAAAGAGAAGUGUAAAGCUCAACCUGUGAAGAAUAAAUUGUCAAAAACCCAACGUACUAUACAAGAUUCUGAAGAAAAUAGGAGCUCAAAUGCUUUAAGUACUGGUCACAGUAGUUCCAGUAUAUUAGACCCAGGGCAGUCUCCUGUGGAUGACACAGGCAUCUCUUCGGCAUCACCUAUAUGGCCAGCCCCACUUUGUCGGCAAUUUUGGAAAGCUGGGAACUACAAUGAUGGCAUCGGUUCUAAAGCUACAUUUCAAAAUGGCAAAAACUAUCUACAUGUCCACCCCAUGUUUCUUCACUCGAAUGCCACCUCACAUAAAUGGGCCUUUGGUGCCAUAGCAGAACUCCUUGACAAUGCAGUUGAUGAGAUCCAAAAUGGGGCCACUUUUGUCAAUGUAGAUAAAAUCUCAAAUCCAAAGGAUGGAAGCCCAGCAUUGUUAAUUCAAGAUGAUGGAAACGGCAUGGACCCUGAAGCUAUGCGCCGCUGUAUGAGUUUUGGGUUUUCAGAUAAGAAGUCGAAAUCAGCCAUUGGCCAAUAUGGUAAUGGCUUCAAGACCAGUACUAUGAGACUUGGUGCGGAUGUUAUUGUAUUCAGCCGCCACCAGGAUAAGAGGACAUUGACUCAAAGCAUUGGUCUUCUCUCUUACACGUUUUUGGCACGAACAGGACAUGAUAGAAUAGUAGUACCGAUGGUGGAUUACGAAUUCAACCCUACAACUGAAACAUUAGAUAUAAUGCACGGCAGAGAACAUUUUAUGUCUAAUCUCUCCUUGUUGCUACAGUGGUCUCCAUAUUCAACAGAGGCUGAGCUACUGAAACAAUUCAAUGACAUUGGAGCUCAUGGGACAAAAGUAAUGAUUUAUAAAUUAUGGUUCAACGAUGAUGGGAGUGCAGAGCUGGACUUCGAUACUGAUCCCGAGGAUAUUCGUAUUAGUGGGGAUACCAAAAAAGUUAAUGCUAGACUUGGAUGGAAAGAAGUCAAUGAACAGCAUAUUGUUAAUCGUUUCCAUCACUCUCUCCGUGUUUACUUGUCUAUCUUGUACUUGCGUAUACCAGCAACCUUUCAAAUAAUAUUGCGUGGGAGAGUUGUUGAGCAUCAUAACAUUGCUGAUGACCUAAAAUUUCAAGAAUAUAUCUUGUAUAGACCUCAAACUGGGGGCACUGUGGAGGGUCAAGUUAUUACUACUAUUGGAUUUCUGAAGGAUGCUCCAUAUGUCAGUUACCACGGCUUCAAUGUUUAUCACAAGAAUCGUCUGAUACUGCCGUAUUGGCAGGUUGUGAGCUAUUUAAACAGCAGGGGUCAUGGAGUUGUUGGUGUUUUGGAAGCAGAUUUUGUUGAGCCGAGUCAUAACAAACAAGAUUUUGAGAGAACUUCUCUUUUUCAGAAACUUGAAGUCCGUUUGAAGGAGAUGACAUGGGAAUACUGGGAUUAUCACUGUGGACUAAUUGGGUAUCAGGUAAAGAAAAAGCUUAAACCAGUGACCCCACAAAGUGGCGAUCAUCAAUCUAUCACAUUGGGCCAAAGUUCCCCUGCUCUUGGUAGUAAAAACACAGUACUUGGAAAAUCUGGGCCAUCAAUUUCAAGCACCUUACGGAAAUCUGUACAAGGAACGAUGAAGAGGAAAGAACACCAUGAUAUUCUGCCGGUUGAAAAUGUGAAAGGGGCCAAGGUGAUCAAUACUGGGAAAAGUCAGUCUGUACAGCUGGGAAAUCCUACUAGAAAUCAGCUGAAAGAUCAAGAGGCUAAAAAUCUGAUGCAAGAGAACAACAAGCUGCGAUCUAAAUGCUUGGAAUAUGAGAAGAGGGAGGAGGAACUAAAUCUUAAGGUGGCACAGCUUAAGAAGGAAAUGAAAGCCGUUGAUGAUGAAUACUCUCUAAUGUUGGCUGAAUUAGAAGCGUUGGGGGAUGUCAAGGAAGAAAAGGGUACAUAAAUCAAUG